AUGAGCCACCCAACCGCUGCCGCCGUUGACCAAGCAAAUUCCCAUCCACUCCAUCAAACCACCGACACUAGAUCCGCCUCCGCCGCUGCGACCAAAAUCCAGGCGCGUACCACGCCCGCACGUACAAUCCGCCUGCUCUACCGUACGAUCUCGGCCGUGGACGCCGAGUCAGGGGAGAUCGACCGGCGGAUCCAGCGGCAGGAGACGGUGGACGCGGUGAGGAGGGAGGAGAGGGAGAAGGCGAGGGUGAACGAGGAGCUGAUGCGGCUGCUGCUGAGGCUGGACGCCAUCCCCGGGUUCGAUCCGGCGGUGAGGGAGGCGAGGAGGAAGAGCGAGCAGGCGGAUUGUCGGGAUUCAGGAGGUGCUCAACGGGAUCUGCGAGUCGAGAGUCGAGGAUUGGGACUGGGACGGCGGUGGCGGCUGGGAAUUUUGUUGGGAUCGGACGGUGGCGGAGAUGGAGGAGCGGAGUGUGUAGGGAGGUAA